AUGGACAAACCUCUAUGGAAGCUCAAGGUCUGUCCUGUGCUCAGCGUGGCCAUCCUCUACUACCUGUGUCGCAAGUACAGCGCACCAUUACACUGGUACCCGCCAGACUUGCACACACGUGCCCAUGUGGAGGAGUUCAUGGCUUGGCAACACACAGCCUUUCAGCUGCCCAUGAAGAAGAUAGUCUGGCUCAAGUUGCUGAUAACAGGGGAGGAAGUUUCAGCUGAGAAGAUGGAACUUCCAUCAGUGGAAGAGGUGAAGAACAGCCUGCAGCUCUUUGAGGAGUAUUUUCUGCAGCAUAAGCUGUUCAUCACUGGGGACCACAUCUCACUGGCUGACUUGGUGGCCGUGGUGGAGAUGAUGCAGCCCAUGGCAGCCAACUAUAAUGUCUUCCUCAACAGCUCCAAGCUAGCUGAGUGGCAUAUGCGGGUGGAGCUGAAUAUCAGCUCUGGCCUCUUUAGGGAGGCCCAUGAUCGACUAAUGCAGUUGGCCGACUGGGAUUUUUCAACAUUGGAUCCAAUGGUCAAGGAGAAUAUUUCUGAGUUGCUGAAGAAGAGCAAGUGACCCUAAUCGCAGCCUGUCCUGCAGGGCCUGGCUGGCUCAGCAACCUGAGCCACCUUCCUUAAAGGAAAUGCUAAAAAAACAAACAAACAAACAAACAAAAAAAACAGAAAACUGUUCUUUGUCUAAUAAAGAACUGGAACAACCAUCACAGCUGCUGAGCAGCAGACAGUUGGCAUAUGCAUACGGUCUGAUGUGGGAGUGGGUGGUGGUUACAGAUCCUUCCAGUUUCCAAAAAGAAUUUUAAAAGGGUUAAAUAUGGUUACAUUGUGAUUAACAAUAGUUGGUGACUUCAAUAUCCCACUUUCAGUAAUAGAAAAACUACAGAAGACCAUCAAGGAAAUAGGGGACUUGAAAAGCAUAAUUAACCAAUCGCACACACUAGACAUGAACAGAACGUUCCACCCGACAGGAGCAGAAUAAGCAUUCUUCUAAAGAGCACAUGGAAUAUUCGCCAGUAUAGAGCAUAUAUUUUGUCCUCAGUCUCAAAUUUAAGAUGAUUGAAAUUACACAAAGUAUGUUUUCUGGACACAGUGGAAUAAAGUUAAAAAUCAAGAACAGAAGGAAGACUAGAAAAUUCACAAGCACAUAGAAAUUAAACAGCACACUCUUAUACAACCAAUGGGUUAAAGAAGAAAUCACAAGGGACAUCAAAAAGUAUCUUGAAUGAAUAAACAUGAAAACACAACAUGCCCAAAUUUAUAAGAUGCAGCAGAAGCAGUGCUAAGAGCAAAAUUUAUAGCUGUAAACACAUAAGUUGAAGAACGAUCUUGAAUCAAUAACCUAACUUUACACCUUAAGGAACUAGAAAAAUAAGAGCAAACUAAACCCAACACCAGUAGAAAACAGGAAAUAAUAAAGAUUAGAAUGGAGAUAAAUGAAAUAGAAAAUAGAAAAGCAAUAAAAUAAAUAAAACCAAAAAUUGGAUCUUUGCAAAGAGCAACAAAAUUGGCAAACCUUUACUUAGAAUAGCCAAGUGAAAAAAUAAGGGUCAAAUUAUUCACCAAGAAAGAAAGUGGAGGCUGGGUGCAAUGGCUCACACUUGUAAUCCCAGUACUUUGGAAAGCAGAGGCAGAAUGAUCACUUGAGGCCAGGAGAUUGAGACCAGCCUGGGCAACACAAUGAGACUUUUUUCUAAAAAAUAUAUAUUUUUAAAAAAUUAGCUUGGUGUGGUGGUGCAUGCCUGUGGUCUUAGCUAACUGUGUGGCUGAGGUGGGAGGAUCACUCGAGUUCAAGAGUUGAAGGUUACAUUGAGCUAUGAUUACACCACUUCACUCCAGCCUGGGCAACAUAGAACAACUUUAUCUCAAAAAACAAACAAAAACAAAAAUGAAGAAAUGAGAUGGAAACCAGAAAGAAAGAAAAUGGAGACAUCACAUUGGUCAUAGAAAAAUACAAAAGUUUAGAAAGAAAUACUAUGAAUAAUUAUAUGUGGACAAUUUAGGAAACCUAGAUGAAAUGGGAAAAUUUUAGAAACACACAAUCUACCAAAACUGACUUAAGAAGAAAGAUACAAUUGUAAUAGACCUGUAACAAAUAAACAGAUUAAAAUAUUAAUUAUUUUUAAAAAUUCGACAAGGAAAAGCCCAGGACCAGAUGGCUUCACUGGUGAAUUCAACUGAAAGCUUGAAGAACUAACACAAAGCCUUCACAAACUCUUCCAAAAAAUAGAACAGGAAGAAAUAUUUUUCAACUCGUACUAUGAGGCCAGAAUUACUCUGAUACCAAAGAGAGAAAAAGACAUUACAAGAAAAUAAAGUUACAAAGCAAUAUCCUUAUAAAUAAGAUGUAAAAAUCCUCAGCAAAAUAUUAGCAAAUCAAAUCCAGCAGCAUAUUAAAAGGAUCAUACACCUUGACCAGGUAGGAUUUAUCCCAGGAGUACAAAUGCAGUUCAACACACAAAAAUCAAUCAAUGUAGCAUACCAUGUUAAUAGACAGUCACAUGAUCAUCCUAAUGUAGAGAAGGCCUUUGACAAAAUCUAACAUCCUUUUACGAUAAAAUUACUCAGCAGAUGAAGACGAGAAAGGAACUUCCUCAACUUGACAAAAAGCAUCUAUGAAAAACCUAUAACUAACACCAUACUUCAUUCAUUGUGAAAGAUCGAGCGUUUCCCUCCUAAGAUCAGGAACAGGACAAGAAUGUUCAUUCACACUACUUCUACUUAUUAGGGCAAUUAGGCAAGAAAAAGGAACAAGGUGGAAUGUAGAUCAGAAAGAAAGAAGUAAAACCGUCUCUAUUCACAGAUGACAUUCUAGGAAUUCUUACGGAACUCACUUAAAAACAAUUACAGCUAAUAAACGAGUUCAAGGCUGGGCACAGUGGCUCAUGCCUGUAAUCCCAGCACUUUGGGAGGCUGAGGCAGGCAGAUCAUGAGGUCAGGAGUUUGAGACCAGCCUGUCCAAUAUGGUGAAACCCCGUCUCUACUAAAAAUACAAAAAUUAGCUGGGCAUGGUGGCGCAUGUCUGUAGUCCCAGCUACUCGGGAGGCAGAGGCAGGACAAUCACUAGAGCCCAGGAGGUGGAGGCUGCAGUGUGCCAAGAUCAUUCCACUGCACUCCAGCCUGGGUGACAGACUGAGACUCCAUCUCAAUAAAAUAAAAUAAAUUCAGCAAGGUUGCAGGAUACAAGAUUAAUACACAAAAAUCAAUAGUAUACAUUUGCAAUAAAGGAUCAAAAACAAAAUUAAAACCACACUUCCAUUUAUAAUAGCAUCAAAAAGAAUAAAAUAGUUAGAAUAAAUUUAACCAAAGAAAAGCAACACUUCAACACAGAAAACUACAAUGUGCUGUUGAAAGAAAUUGAAGAAGCACCACCAAGCAAUCUGACCUGAGAAAACAUGCAGGUUCAACAGAAUGAGUCCUGCUCUUCAGCAAGCUCCCAUCUUGUGUUCAAGCUGGGUCUGUGAGGCAAGUUCAGCAACAUAGACAUGGACAUGCAACCAAAUCUGUAAUGUAGAAAAGGCCAAGGGAAGGUGGAUCAAUCAUUGGAAACAUUCAACAAUCCAUGGAAGAAAUGUUAAAAAUAGAAUCUCAGGGUCUGAUGAAGUUGGAAUAUCACUCUUCUAUGUAUUUCAGUUGGAAUCUGUUGAAUGAUUGGAUACAGUAAAAGAUAAAUAUAGGGAAUUAUUAGGUAGCAUUAAAUGUGUAAUAAAUGUAAAGAGAGGGAACAAGUGCAUACAAGGAAGUGUACGCUACUGGGUUUCUGUUGAAUUGUUCAUGGAAGACCAUCAGCAGUUCAAGUGUGAAAGCUUGUCUUAAAAUUAGCUGGAUGUAGUGGCGUGUGCCUGUAAUCCCAGCUACUCAGGAGGCUGAGGCAGGAGAAUCGCUUGGACCUGGGAAGCAGAGAUUGCAGUGAGCCAAGAUCACACCACUGUACUCCAGCCUGGUGACAGAGCGAUACUCCAUCUCAAGAAAACAAAAACAGAAAAAACUUGUCUUGAGGGACUGUGCCAGGCUUUACAGCUACAAACAUCAUGGAGGAAGCUGUCUGCCCAUUAGAAGCCCAGAGCCCAGAGGGACAGACUAGAGCAAAUCCUCUCCCUCAUUGGAGCUAGAUGGGAACACAAAUCUAUCUGAUAACUAACAUGCAAUUUUACUUCUCUUACCUUGUUUAAUCCUCACAACCACCCUGAUGAGUAGUAGUAUUAUCCCCAUUUUGUAGAUGAAGAAACAAGUUCUUCAAGGGGAAGGGAUCCUCAGAGUAGCAUAUGAAUGAGAGGCAGAACCAGAGUCAGGACCUAUAUCUUGUCUUCUCCUUCCUACAACUAGAAAAGUACCCACAACGAGGCAAUGCUUUUGGUGCAGAGGAAGCAGUAGUGAACAAAAUAGGCAAAAAUCUCUACCUUUAGUGCUCACAUUGUUGUGGAGAAAGACAAACAAUAAGCACAGUAGAGAAGUAAAAAUUAGAAUGUUUUGCUAAAAAGUCCAUAAAAUUGAAUAUUAUUCAGCCAUAAGAAGGGAUGAAGUACCGUUAUAUGCUACAACAUGGAUGAACCUUGACACCAUUAUGCUAAAUGAAAGAAGCCAGUCAUAAAAGGCCACAUAUUUCAUUAUUCCAUUUGAAUGAAAUCUCCAGAAUAGGCAGAUACUUCCUAUCCACAGAGGUAGAAAGUAGAUGAAUGGUAACCAGGGGCUAGGGGAAGAGGGAAAAUGGGCAGUGACUCUUUAUUGGGUACAGAGUUUCUUUUUUGGGUGAUGAAAAUGAUCUAGAAUUCGAUAACUCUGAUGGUGACAAAACUUUGUUAAUAUACUAACAACCACGGAAUUGGCUUUAAACCAAUUGAAUUUUAAAGUAUACUUUGAAAGGGUGGAUAUUAUGGUAUGGGAAUUAUAUCUGAUAAUGAAAAUAUGAUUACAUUGUUCAAAAGCAUAGGGAAGCAGCUACAAAAAAUAUGAAGCGUAAAUUGUGGCUCUUUUUAUUCUGAAGUGUAAAAAUUGAACAUUGUAUCUCAAAAUAUAAAACAAAAACAA